GCACUUCCGCCCGUUUUCUUUCAAAGUUCCUCAGCGCAUCCGCCUUCACACAUAGCUGAAGAAGAAAACCCUCAUUUCAUAAAAAACGUUUUCAUUUUAAGACCAUUCUUCACUUUUUUUCCACCCAAGUGGAAUGCCUACUCAUAUUCACAAUGCAGAGUGGUACAGGAGUUUACUACCAGGCAAUGCCUGCAGUGGGACCUGAUGGGAAAAAUGUCAUGAAGUUGAUCCCAGUUAAGAAAGUGAAUGGCCACUUUGUUCACACACAGCUACCACCUCAGAGAAAUAUCGGUCUACCGGUUCACACAUCUCCUGCACCUUUGCCCCAGAACAGAGUGCCAACACUUCAGCCAACAGCAGAUGGACGAUUCAUCUUAAAAACUCCGCUAGAAGUGAAUAAGGUUAUUAAUUCAGUAAAAAGUCAGCCGAAAGGACCUAAUGCCUUACAAUCCCCUACCAACCAAGUCCAUGUCCCACUGAUCACACACAAUGUGGUACAAAACACGUUGCCACCACCCGUUCAGCCUAAUAACAAGGCUGUAAUUGUUACCAACAGUCCACAGCUGCCAAACACUGUGAAACUACCCGCACUUCAGAGCGGACAUUACCUUAAGAUCCCACCUAAUGCCACGGUUCGAACCGUCCCUGCCUCUGCACUCCCAGCCUCUAUCAAAAAUCAAAUAUGUCGCGCGGCAAAUGACGUUAAACCUGUAAAGGGUUUACCGAUGGUUCUGUACGUGUCUCCAGUCAGCUCUCUGAAAUUAAACCAGAAUGCACCAUGUCUCACAAAUCCCAGUGAGCUUAACCAGACUGUGGGUCCCACAGCCACUGCAAGUGUCGUGAAAAGCCCAGAGGAAUCUUCUAGGAGCAAUCAAGGGAGCACUACUCCAAUGAAAUGGGUGGUUGAAGAGAGGGCAGGAAGCAGUGCUCCAUACCUCAUACCUGUGACCUCACCUAACAUGUCCUCAGACAUCUUAAAAGCAGUCCAGCAUAUGGAAUCAGCUAGGUUUCCAAACCAAGUUGCUAAAGAACCUGUGUCUGCUGAAAUCAGCAAAGGAGCUGUUACUCCAGGGAAUAACAAUGCCCUUGUCAUGUGCAACGGUAAAGUGUACUUUGUGGCUAAAAGAAAUUCUGUUACUAAGGAUAUGAUUAUUAGUACAGAAAGCAAGAUGCAACCCAAAAUACCUGCCCAGUCCCCUACUACUCCGUUAGGUCCAGCUACUUCAAACGUAAGUCAAAAGCAAGACCAAAACAGCCCUGUAAACAGUAAAAAGCCGAGUAAUAUUAUUGAUUUGUGUGAUGAUGAGGAGGAGAGCUCAACUUGUACAUCAUCUGGGAGGAAAAUGAUACCGAGUGACGCAGUAAGUGAGCGCGAUGAAGAUUCUAAUGUGAUAUUUGUGUCAUACAUUCCACCAAAGUCAUCAGAGACCGAGACCAGCAAGGAAGUCACAGAGACAACAUCUCAGACGAGUUAUGUAAAAGAUACAGACAGCACGAAAUUAGACACAGAGAGCAUGGAGACAGGCAGCGAAGUGACCAGUGGCAGUAGCGCUGAAGUGGAUGCGAACAAAUGUGAAGCUGUGCAUGCGAAUGGAGCUGCACUCGAAGGCAAAGAAGCAUCGUCAGAAAAACUGGAAGUAGUUUGUGACAAGCAAACUGAUGUUACUGAAGAGCAGUCUUUUGAGGAAACGAUCCCAGACAAAAUACAUCAGCCUAAGAGUGAUUCUGAACUCAGACGGACUUUCGGGAUUACCUCUGAUUUGAGCGUUUCCUUACAAAAGAUAGACGUGCCUAAGAAGCCACAGACACAGGAAGUUCACCCACAGAGCGAGAAAAGGUUGAUUAACAAACGCACGCUAGAUGGCAUCCGCAAACUGAUUCGCGAUUCAAAGAUCGAGACGAAAAUCAAAGAGCUGAUUGAGACACGGGUGCAGAAAAAUGGCAAAAGAAAACGAUUGGAGACAAAUGAAGGAAAAAAUGGCUCGGAUACCUUUUCAUUAAUUAACACAGAUUCGCCAACUCAAUCUAAUGGUUUAGUAGAAUGUGACUAUGAGUUUCAAGGUGCAUCAGCUGAACAGAGUACAGACAGACAGGUGUUUCAGACCUGUCAAGCUGCAGAGGAAGAAACCCCAUCCACCAGCAGUGCUCAUAAAGUAUCGGACCUAACCACCAAUCCCCACUGUUCCUCUUCUUUGGUUGAGUCUGUACAAGCUCAAGGUGACGGUCCAGUCUGCUGUUCAGGAUUACGGAAAACUCCACCUCGUUCGAGCAAGGGGUGUGGGAGAGUGUGCACAGCAUGUCCUUGUGGAACAAAAGUAGGAGGAGUGGCUGGAAAUUCAGCACAUAAGCCACGAGAGAAGCCAAAUACUACUUCUAGUGUUCAUUCAUCUAAAAGUGUUUCAGGUGAAUCAAACCAAGAUGUGGCUCCAGCUGAAGAAAUAAUGUCAGAUACGGUUUCAAGCUCAACAGACUGCAACAGUGCAUUAAGAAGUUCAGGAGACAAAAUGACACAUAGCAGUCAAUCACACAUCAGUAAGGAUGUUAAAGGUCCUUUACCUACUGCUACCUUUUCGACAAGACCUGCGGGUCAAGCAGCAACGACUGAAACAUGCAGCAGCAGUUCAAGGUGCACCCUAGACAAGACUUGUAAUAAAUCUACAAGCAGACAGAUAGAAAAAGGUACUCAGAAACCAAACAAACAGGACGAGGUGAAGACCGUUUCGUGUUCAGUUCGACAGUUGUCCUAUACAAGUUAUACAAUACCAAGCGAACUGUACUCCUCUGUACCGCUGGACCCAGAGGAGAUUAAACGACAGGAGAGAAUCAAACGGCUUAAAGACCUGCUGCAGGAGAAGGAGGCUGCACUUGAGAAGUUGAGGAAGAGCAUGUGAGAGUGACGAGAAUCUGAAUUUACUUGUGGCAGCAAGCGAUCGGUGGGGAAAUGACCAGUAUACGUGAAGCACAAAUUGAUGAAAGGCAGAAUCUGGUUAUGCAUACUUGCAUUUGUUUUUGUUGUACUUCAGCAUCAGUAUGUUUCUUUGAAUGUGUGUAUGUGUUGCUAUUUUUACCCUUCUCUGUAAGUUUUAUACUUAAAUGUGUCUUGUUAAUGAGUUUCAUUAUACCAGAGAAUGUAAGAGCAGGUACAUGGCUGAAAAUGACUUCAAUUUCUAAAUUAUUUAACAUGUCAGAAGAUUUGUACAGCUUUGUGAUCUAGACACUUUAUAUACACAUUUCUGAAGGCUUGUGUACACAUCCUUACUAUUUCAUUUUGCAUGAAAUAAGUAUUGCGAAACAUAUCAUUAUUUGCUUUACAGCAGCGUAGCUUAUGUUAAAGUCAACAUCAGUUUGUUCAUUUAUGAACUUCAUAAAGUGUAGUAAAGUGUUAACUUCAUUUAUUUCUGACUUGCAGAUAUUUUGGGAUUGUUCUCUUGAAUCUUUACACACUCCUUACACCGUUAAUUAAAUUUUCUGUGUU